ACGUUGCUCUUCUCUUUGUGUUUUUUUCCUAUCGGGCUCGGCCCCAAAGAGAACACACUCACACUCACAGUCCCAGUCUCACUCUCUCUCUAUCCAACCUUCUAAACGAACCCAAAUUGCGUUACUCUUCUGCCAUAAUCACAAUAUCCAUUGCAUUUGAUAGACUUCAACUGAGGCAGACUAGGAGUGACAACUUACAAGUGAAGCUUUCGUACGGUUUUAUGUUAUACAACCAAGUAACCAACCAUUUGACAUUGCGAAAUCGAGAACCAUGCUUAUCCUGAACUCUUGUUCUUUACUGCAUACAUGUCCAAAGCUUAUUUUGUUUGGCAACCGGAAAGUCCAGUUUUCUGCAGCUGUUUCUGUUACUCUUCCUUGUUAUACUCAAACAAGGACAUCUCUCUUAGUUGCUAAAGCAGAGCGAAAUGAUAGAAGUAAAAACCAUGAGUUUCCGAUAGAUAUUGAAGCAUUUGAUGUUGAUGAUGACAAUGAGAUACGUAAUAAUGAGUUCCCGCCCCACCCUAAGUUUAUGGAGGGCUCAGGGGGAAAGGAAGAGACAGAUUAUGACCGAGACCCUGAGUUUGCAGAAAUUCUAGGUGAUUUGUUGGAUAACCCGGAUAAGGCACAAUCUCGUGUGGAGGAAAGAAUAAGGAAGAAAAGAAACAAAGUAUUGCAGGCCAAGACUGGUUCUGCAGUACCCAUGAAAGUAACAUUCAAUGGAUUUGAUUUUUCAAGCUCUUACAUUUGGUUUGAAUUCUACAAUGCUCCUCUACCAAGUGAUGUUUCCUUAAUUUGUGAUACAAUUAGAUCAUGGCACAUUGUUGGACGCCUUGGUGGAUGCAAUUCCAUGAACAUGCAGUUGUCACAAUCUCCCAUGGAUAAAAGACCAACUUAUGAUGCCAUACGAGGAGCCAAUUUGUCACCAACCACAUUUUACAACAUUGGGGACUUUGAGAUUCAAGAUAAUGUAGCGCGCAUCUGGAUGGAUAUCGGUACCAGUGAACCAUUGCUUUUAGAUGUCUUUAUAAAUGCCUUAUCCCAGAUAAGCUCUGAUCACAUUGGAAUUAAGCAAUUAGUAUUUGGUGGAUCUGAAUUCGAGAGCUGGAAAGAGAAUCUGACAUCAGAAGCUGCAGGUUGCAGUGUUCACAAGAUCUAAACUAAUAUGAGUAGUUUCGGGAAGAACAGAGGGCCAAUGUGCCGACCAACCACCUCACUUGGUGCGACGGACACGAUGAUCAAAACAAAGAGAACAGCUGUAAUCAAAACACUUGUGAAACUUUUAUCCAUGAUGGCUUUCUUGUAUUCUUCAAUCUACUUUGAUGAUGAUUAAUGUUUGUUCAAUGCAAAUGUUGUAUAUGUUUUUAUGUAUGGAAAACACCAUAGCUUUG